GGGACUAGAAUGUUCAUUUUUAACAAGAACCCCAGGUGCUUCGAGGUUUGUUUUCCUCUUUAGGAAAUGUGGCUUAAUAAUUACAUGCUCAGUCUUGGAGUUAGACCCAGAGAAAUUUGUGUCCAAACUCCACCACGUAAGAGCUGUGGAACUUAGUGAUGUCACCUUUCCACAUCUGGGUCUCUACACCUGCAAAGCGAGUGGCGCUCAUAAUACCUACCCAGAAACUCAUGGCAUUCAAUGGAUACUGUAUUUACAACAGGCAGGACGAUGCCUGGCAUGUAUCUAAUAAUGGCAGCUCCUAGCUGAAUGCACUGCCCCCCACUCAGGCAUGCCCACUUUAUGGACGAGAUGUCCCUCCCAUCCUCUCCUAACUCUGUGCUUCCCUCCUCCAUAGCCUACCCACUCUGUGAUCAUCAUCUGCAUGUUAGUCUGUGUUCUCAGCUGGACUGAGGAUGGAAACUGGAUAUUGUGCACUCCCACAUCUCUUUGCCUCACACACCCAGUACAGGGGCUCAGUACUCAUCAUUCUUCAGGAACGGAACUUAAGUUGAUCACCUGAGUUUCUCCUUAUGGAGUGAAACUCUUCACAUAAUAGUACCUCAGGCUCUUGUAUAGCAAGGAAUGGGCAAAUGCAAAGUGAGUACAGCACUGUUCUAACACUCUUCCCUUUAAAGUCUGUCACAGAAAGCUUUGCCAGAGUGAUCCAUGGCUUGACAGUGGAACACCUGACAGACCACGUCAUUCAGAGAAGCAAGAGAAUGAUUCUGGAUACUCUGGGUGUCGGCUUCCUGGGAACCAAUACAGAAGUGUUUCACAAAGCCAGUGAAUAUAGUAAGAUCUACAGUUCCAAUGUGGCCAGCACUGUUUGGGGUCAGCCAGACUUAAGGCUCCCGCCGACAUAUGCUGCUUUUGUGAACGGUGUGGCUAUUCACUCAAUGGAUUUUGAUGAUACAUGGCAUCCUGCCACCCACCCUUCUGGAGCGGUCCUUCCUGUCCUGCUGGCUUUAUCAGAAGCUCUGCCUCCAAGUCCAAAGUGUUCUGGCCUUGAUCUGCUCUUAGCUUUCAAUGUUGGGAUUGAAGUGCAAGGCCAAUUACUGCGUUUCUCCAAGGAAGCCAAUGACAUACCAAAGAGAUUCCAUCCACCCUCAGUGGUAGGAACCUUGGGUAGUGCUGCUGCUACAUCCAAGUUUUUGGGGCUCAGCAUGACAAAGUGCCGAGAGGCCCUGGCUAUUGCUGUUUCUCAUGCCGGGGCACCCAUAGCAAACGCUGCCACUCAGACCAAGCCUCUUCAUAUCGGCAAUGCUGCCAGGCAUGGGAUGGAAGCCGCUUUUCUGGCAAUGCUGGGUCUCCAAGGAAACAGACAAAUCUUGGACAUGCAGACAGGGUUUGGGGCCUUCUAUGCCAACUAUUCCCCAAAAGUUCUUCCAAACCUAGAUUCCCACGCUUGGCUGCUGGACCAGCAGGAUGUGGCCUUCAAGCGGUUCCCUGCACAUUUGGCCACCCACUGGGUGGCAGACGCAGCUGCAUCUGUGAGAAAGCACCUUGUAACAGACAGAGCCCUGCUUCCCAUUGACCGCAUUGCAAGAAUUGUGCUCAGAAUUCCAGAUGUGCAGUAUGUAAACAGGCCCUUCCCAGACUCGGAGCAUGAGGCUCGUCAUUCCUUCCAGUUUGUGGCCUGUGCCACACUGCUUGAUGGCGGCAUCACUGUCCCAUCAUUCCACAAAUGCCAGAUCAACAGGCCACAGGUGAGGGAGUUGCUCAGUAAGGUGGAGCUGGAGCACCCUCAAGACAACCUGCCAAGCUUCAACACACUAUAUUGUGAGAUAAGUGUCACUCUCAAUGAUGGAGCCACCUUCACAGAGCGCUCUGAUACCUUCUAUGGCCAUUGGAGGAAGCCAUUGAGCCAGGAGGACCUACGGGAGAAGUUCAGAGCCAAUGCUUCCAACGUGCUGUCCUGUGAUACAGUAGAAAGACUUACAGAGAUAGUAGAGAAUCUAGAAGACCUAGAAGACUGUUCUGUCCUAACCACUCUUCUGAAAGGACCGUCUUCACCGGAGAUGGUUUCAAAAUCCAUCUAGCAUCUAAUAAUUUCAUCAGACAGUUUCUCCUGAGGCUUACCAACAUCUAAGUGACUUUAUAUUGGGGAAAAAUCAGUGAUUUGCUUUAUAGAGCAAGGGUUUACUAUCGCUCUGCCCAGGAACAAAUGAAGCAAUGUGGAGAGAGUCCAGAAACAGAAUUGGAUGUUUAUGGAAGGAGUCUUUUCCUAUAAAUUCUGCAAGACAGUUCCAAUUACCUGAAGAAAAAUAAUAAAUAUGCAAGAAACACAGAGAAAUUGAUUUUAUAAGUAUUCAUAAGGCUGAAAUUCAAGUCACCUCUGAUUUGCUUGUAAGGUUAAUCUUUACAGAGGAGUUCUUUAUGAACUUCAUGAACCUUAAGAUGUGGGAGGAAUUUGAACCUACAUGUAAGUUUGCUGACAGUCGACAAGGGCUCUGGCCUAUUGUGCCACCAACGUGUUUCUUGGACCAUGGUUUUUUACAAGCCCCCCACAGUAGAGGGGGUGCUAUUGGGUUUAAAUAUAAGGAAUUAGUGGGUACAAAUCCUGCCCCUACAACUUACUAGAUAUGACCCUAAGCGUGUUACUGGGUAGCCCUCUGCCUCGGUUUAAAGCAGAAAUAAAAAGCGGUAUAAAAAGUAAAACAGUUUGGCUCUGGAAGCCAUGCUGCUAACCACUACAAUAUACUGCGUUUUGUUACAAAAAAAUUUUUGAGAAAAAUAUGGACGAAGAGUUUGACAUGUAAUAAAGAACGACAGCAAAAAAUAUGUGGGUAAUUAAAUAACUAUUGACUUUGUAAAAUAAUAAAAAUGUCUUAUGGGGUUAAAAAUUGCAACUUUAGCAAUACAUAUAAGCAGGGAGUUACUAUAAUUAAUGUGCUCUAAAUUCUUUAUGUCAUUCAAGAGAAGGGCAAAGCUAUUAACUGUAGACUUCGAUUUGUAAGUAUGCAUGUUGACAUUUCCAGGGUAACCAUUAUAAGACAACAGUAGAAUAUACCACUUCCAGGUUAACAGAGAGAGAAAUAUGGAAUUAGGAAAAAGAAAAUAAACCAAAGGAAGGCAAGAAAGGAGGAGGAAAAGAAAUAUAAGAAAGGUAGAACAUAUAGAAUAUAAAAUGAUAGGAAAAAAUCCAAAUAUAUCUGUAAUUACAAGAAGAAUAAAUGGACUAAAUAGUUCAGUUAAAAAAUACAGAGACUAUGUAUACGUAAAAAACAAUCUUUAACAAGUUUAUUAGCAUCUAAUUUACAAACCAUUAACUCAUCUAUCUUUUGUCCAAUUCAAUGAGUUUUAGUAAAUUUAUAGAGUUGUACAAACAUCAUCACCAUCCAGUUUUGGAGAACUUCUCUUCAUUUUUUUAAAAGAUUUUAUUUUUAUGUUUUAAAAAUUUAUUUUUAAGUAAUCUUAGGUAAUCAAACCCAUAACUCUGAGAUCAAGAGUCACGUGCUCUACCGACUAAGUGAGCCAGGAGCCCCGGGAGUACUUCUAUCAUGCCAAAAACAGAGAAACAAAUAAAACCCUCAUGCUGGUCUGCAAUCAAUCCCUAUUCCCACCUCCAGCCUUAGCAACCAAUGAUCCAUUUUCUAUCU